CACCCCUUCUUGUUCUUGCAGCCGCUGCUGGAGGCCACAGGUUGCCUGUUGGUGGAGCUGGUUAUCUCUGCUCGUGUCUUGUUGUUGACGGUGUACAGGUACGUCUGAUGCUCGCUGUGCUGCUGAUGGAUCCCAGGAAUGUCGUCUUGCACCCCGUCAUGUCUUGACGUCGAUGAGGCUACGCCCGCCGUUGUUGAGUGGGAACACGAUGGCGCAACCCACUGCUUCACGAAGCCCGAUCCAAAGAUCGAUAGCAUCAUGCUAAGAAUUCACUUGAGCGGACUGUGCGCAACCUUCGAGCUGCGCUUUCCCAUGAACCUGAAGGGAGUCGAGGGCAUUUCACCUGUUACCAUCUCCGUCGAUCCCUCUUCCAUCACAUCGUUCGACUUCGCUUUUGCUUCAACGGCGCCGGAAGCGGUGCAAGAGAAGUUCAAGUGCCCUGUCGCGUGCCUGAGAUUCCAGACAAACAAGAACAUUCGGCUCUUUGUUCCUACCGCCGCCAAAGAACCGUUGGCUCCUAGCCGAACACAGUCAGGGAAGGUCUUGGAUGCUCUUCGCAUGCUUUCUGCCGCAACAUCAUUCGGUAUUUACGUCGACGCUACAAAGUUUUCCAAAGCAGAACUCCAGUCCAUCAGCGACGCUGUGAAACAGACUCGUCUGACGUCGUUCCACAAGCAACAUCCUGCUGCAAGCACCUCAACCAGCACCGAGUCCAAAGCCGUUGAUCUUUCCCCACAAGAUGACGCGCCGCCAGCAUACGAUGAGACCGGGUCUCCCCCACCAGCUCCCCCAAUCAACGAGAGAAAGCGCCGCCGCAUCAGUAGCCCGGACGAGGCAAGAGACGAACUCGCUCAAAUUUGGGCCGAGCUAAAAGCACGGACCGAGAAGGAUCGGCUGGUUCACCAGGAACUCUCCGCCUUGAGACAAGAGAACCGAAGCCUCAGAACAGAUCUCGACCAGUUACGACAGAAAGUAACGACUUUUCGCGAGGACUUCAGCUCCCUACAGCGUGAUGUCGAGCAGCUUGAGGGCCAGGAUAAACACAGCGCUGAUGUCCUGGAAGGCUACGAUACGCGCCUGGUUGAGCUACGAGACGACCUAGAGGAUCUGGAUGCCAAGGUCGAUUCCAUCCAGGAGCACAGAGACGAAAAUGGAGUAGCGCAAUCAUUUCUCGACAGAGUUCGCAGUGAUGUGUACGACGAUAUCGUCACACGUCUCACAAGUUGAACCAUUCGGGCUAUUGACUGCUAGUCAACAAACAAGUCAUACUCAGCAUUCAUCUCCCUAUGCUAGGCACAUAGCGCCCCUGCCUGUCGCCUGAAGCCAUACCGACAUCGCUUCACCUGUCGCCUGCGUGGCAUCUAUCGGAGAAAGACUCGUCGGCUCUCCCCGGAACUUCAGCCACCACCACGGCUCUUAUGGGCGCGA